AAGGGGCGGGGCUUAAGCCCUAACCUGCCUGAGCAUCCCGGCGCCAGGAAGGUCGGUGGAUGGAUCGGAGAGCCUUUUUUUGGCCGCCUCUCUUCCCAUCCCGCUUGAGGCCAGGCUCUUUGAUCUUCCCCGCGGCCCACCAGGCUUGAUCCGGCGCAAGGAGCCAUGGAGUACAUCCGCAUGCCCAAGGUGGAAAAUGUCCGCUUAAUUGAUGGUAUUUCAUCCAAAAGAGCUGCGCCAGGGACUCUGUACCUAACAGCCACACAUGUCAUCUUUGUGGAAAACGAGUCCGAUGCUCGUAAGGAAACAUGGAUUCUUCACAGUCAGAUCGCCUCUGUUGAGAAGCAGGCUACAACAGCCACCGGUUGCCCAUUGCUGAUUCGUUGCAAGAAUUUCCAAAACAUUCAGUUCAUUAUGCCCCAGGAAAGAGAUUGCCAUGAUGUUUAUAUCUCUUUAAUACGUCUGGCACGUCCAGUGAAAUAUGAAGAGUUGUACUGUUUUUCUUUCAACCCCAAAUUAAAUAAAGAAGAGCGAGAACAAGGCUGGAAUUUGACAAACAUGAAGGAAGAAUAUAAUCGGAUGGGGGUUCCCAAUAAUUACUGGCAGAUCAGUGACGUCAACAGAGACUAUCGAGUAUGUGACUCUUAUCCCACUGAAAUCUACGUGCCUAAAUCAGCCACUGCCCAUAUCAUUGUGGGAAGCUCUAAAUUCCGCAGCAGAAGGCGUUUCCCAGCACUUUCAUAUUACUACAAGCAAAAUAAUGCAUCUAUAUGCAGGAGCAGCCAGCCUCUCUCCGGCUUUAGCGCUCGAUGCCUUGAAGAUGAACAGAUGCUACAGUCCAUCAGAAAAGCAAAUCCAGGGAGCGAUUUCGUCUAUGUUGUUGACACACGACCCAAACUCAAUGCAAUGGCAAACAGAGCAGCUGGGAAGGGAUACGAAAAUGAGGACAAUUACUCAAACAUCAAGUUUCAGUUCAUCGGUAUUGAGAACAUCCAUGUCAUGAGAAGCAGCCUCCAAAAAAUGCUCGAAGUUUGCGAGCUGAGAGCUCCUUCAAUGAGCGACUUCCUCUGGGGGCUGGAGAAUUCAGGCUGGCUGAAACACAUCAAAGCAAUCAUGGACGCAGGCAUCUUUAUCGCAAAGGCUGUAGCUGAAGAAGGAGUCAGUGUUCUUGUCCACUGUUCUGAUGGAUGGGAUCGGACAGCUCAGGUUUGCUCUGUAGCAAGCCUUCUCUUGGAUCCAUAUUACCGAACUAUGAAGGGUUUUAUGGUAUUAAUUGACAAAGAUUGGGUUUCAUUUGGACAUAAAUUCAAUCAUAGGUAUGGCAAUUUAGAUGGAGACCCAAAGGAGAUAUCGCCCGUCAUCGAUCAGUUCAUCGAAUGUGUUUGGCAGCUUAUGGAACAAUUUCCUUGUGCCUUUGAAUUCAACGAAAGGUUUUUGAUCCAUAUACAGCAUCAUAUCUAUUCCUGCCAAUUUGGGAACUUUCUGUGCAACAGUCAGAAGGAGAGGCAAGAGUUGAAGAUCCAAGAGCGAACUUACUCACUUUGGGCUCACUUCUGGAAGAAUCGUGCCGAUUACAUGAAUCCCCUAUAUAGAGAAAACCACAACAGGACCCUGCAUCCAAAGUCUGCCCCCUGCCAUUUUAUCUACAAGUUUUGGAGUGGAAUGUAUAACCGCUUUGAAAAAGGAUUUCACCCUCGGCAGUCUGUUACUGAGUACUUGAUGGCAGUGAAAGAAGAAACACAACAAUUAGAGGAAGAGUUGGUGGUGCUAGAAGAGAGGUUGGCAAAGCUUACAAAAGUGCAAUUAAAAAAUGGCGGGACCAUGACAAUGCAACAAAAUGGAAGCAAUGGCUUUGGACAUUCUACCUCCAACGACAGCAUUGCCAACACUCCCCAGGACUAUACUGGGAAUCUGAAAUCAUUCCCAUCCCGGAGUCCUUCUCAGGGAGAUGAAGAUUCAGCCCUGAUUCUUACGCAAGAUAACCUUAAAAGCUCAGAUCCAGAUCUUUCAGCCAACAGCGACCAGGAAUCAGGGGUGGAGGAUAUGAGCUGCCGGUCACCCAGUGGAGGGGGAUGUUUGCCCAGUGAGGAUAGUACCAAAGACCGAGAUUCAGAUGAAGCUGUUUGUCUUACUGUCUGAAAUGAUAGUUAUAGAAGGAGCCCCAAAGUCCAAAGAACGGGAGUUGUGCACUCAAAGAGCCCUCAUGGUUAACUUGUAAAGCUACAGUGUUAAACAGGAAAUAGCCUCUCAUAUUCAGAACAAUCAUGUACAUAAUGGCUUUCAUCUGUUGUCAGUAGUCUACAGAGCCAUGGAGAAUAUUUAUAUAUAUAUUUUUUGAUGUUUGAUCAGUGUUUAGUUUGUCAAUCAUACUAUGCUUCCAAAGAAGCCUGAAGGGAACAUGUUUAUGUAUGACAUGCCAAAACACCCACCCAAAUGCAAACAAUUCCCUCUAUUAACACGAAUAGAUAAAUAAACAAAAGCAAAACAAGCAAAUAACUAUAAAGUAUUUCCUCCUUGUUUUGAAUUCUUGGAAGAUUUAGCAGCUUUGUCAUCUGUGUAUUUAAAAUAUUGUUAGAGAAAGGUGAAGAUAAUUUAAUAACUAUCACUGCUGCACACUUUCAGAUAAUAAAAAAUUAACAGCCAAAAAGAGUUCCAAGAUUUUUAGUUUUUUCCAUGGGCUGAUGGCAUAUGUAUACGAUCAGUGUAUCCCAUUUUUAUAUCAGUUUGAAUAAGUAACAGGACUUCUUCCUGUGAAAUUCUAGCUUGAUGAAGAAGCUUGUGAUCCACCUUUCCCAUUCAUAUGCCACUGUGCCUCUCUGAGAGAUAAAUGAGAUUGGCAAAUGUUAUACUCAAACUAUUCAUAUCAUGUGAUAAAUGACCUUGACCUUGAAGGAACUGGGGGUGGCAAUGGCUGACAGGGAGCUCUGGCGUGGACUGGUCCAUGAGGUCACGAAGAGUCGGAAACGACUAUGCGAUUGAGCAGCAGCAGUGAUAAAUGAUUCACUGAGGCCCCUUCUACACUGCCAUAUAAUACAGAUUAUCAAAGAAAAUAAUCUGGAUUUUAUAUGGCAAUGUAGAAUGGGCCUGAGUCACCUAGGUUUAUAUGAAAUUGGAGCUGAGAGUCUUUGAAUCAGCACUUUUUACCAAUAUACUUCAGUUUUGAAGACAUCCUAAACAGGAUCCCAGAAUAAUAUUUGUUUCUUUCUCUCUGAUAAUAUUAGAACCAAGUUAAAAAUUAUCUUUUGGAAUCCAUUUGGAUAAAGUUUAGUAAUGUUUACCUGGGGCUCAACUAUGUAUGCAUGUGCCUCAUGUUGUCUGUCGAUUUAUGAUGACCCCAUUAAUUACAAAUGGGGUUUCUCAGGAAAAGACUACUCAGAAUUGGUUUUGCCACUGUCUUCCUUUGAAAUACAGCCUGCAGCAUCAUAUUCUAUGACACUAGAGAUCAGGGUUCAGUUCCUCCUUUGUUCCUCAGUUCCUCAGGCAAGUCACUUUCAUCCCCCUUCUACAUUGCCAUAUAAAAUCCAGAUUAUCUGCUUUGAACUGGGAUAUAUAGCAGUGUAGAAGGGCCUUCAGUCACCGCAAAGGCAACCCUCCCUCUGAACAAAUCUUACCCAUAAAAACCUGUGACAUUUUUUCUUUAGGGUUGCCAUAAAUCCACAACAACCUCAAGGUAAAAAAAAGGAUAACAUUGGUGCAUUUUAACAUUUUAGAACAUGCUGUCUGUUAGAUACUUCUUGUGAGUUGAGAAUACAGUUUCAUCACUUUAUAAAGUGGUAUAAUACAGAAUGCCAAUGUAAAGCAAGGCAACAUUAGCACUGAGAAAGGAGAAAUGGUUAAGAUUUAUAAUUAUACAUGAGUCCCACCCAUGGGAGAAAAGUGGGAUGAUGAUAAUAAUAAUGAUGAUAAUUGUGAUGUUAUUGUGUAAUUCAGUAAAGAAAAUAUUGUACCUACUAUUCACUUCCCUGGGGAAAGAUAAAGGGCUGAUGCUUGCUUCAUGAGGAAACAUGCUCCGACUUUAAACUCCUUCUGAAUUCAUAGAGAAUUCUUUAAGGAACAAAGUCAUUACCGUUCUAAUACAUAAACGAGAGAUAUGAUGCAUAUCCCUCAUUUUAAUUUUAAAAAUAGGGUCCAGAUUUUUCUCUUAUACCUUUAAAUAAAUGCAUUUGCUUAUUAGGAACACUGGAUGUGAUUUAGAUAUAGAUAUAACACACAUACUCCUACCUAAUUUACUUUCCAAAUACUUUUUUGAAUGGGAAAAUAUGAAAAAUUUGAAACAUGAAAGAAUAAUGUUGUGGAAAAGAAUUAUAUGGAAAGUAUGAAUGGAUUAUCUGAGUGUAUGGUCUGGCCGUCAAAUGUAUAUAAAUGUAAGAUAUGCCUGUAUUCCUAAGAAAUACUGGAAAUUGGGACUCUGGCAAAUACUUCUUAAGCUCUGUCUUUUAAACUUCAAGCUUCAUCAAGCCCUGGUAAUUUUGAGUGCCAAGUUCCCUGAUGUGAUGGUACUGUUUGCAUUGUAUUAAUGCUAUAUUAUUUUACCUGAAUGAAGAUUCAAAUAAUAAUAAACAUACAUACACACACAUAUAUAUAUAUAUAUAUCUCAAGGGCAUACUGGUAUUGCAUUGUAUUUUUCAUAUUAGGAUUAUAAUUGUAGUCUAUUCCAGUAUAUUAUUAUAUAAAAGAAGUUUCUCCUCUCCGCUGCCAUUAAAAAAAUUGAAUUCUAGCAGCAAAAUCUUAAAUAGUGCCUCAGAACAGCCCACUUCUAUGUGCUUUUUUUCUAUAUUAUUUUUACAUAAUAAAAAUAAUGAAAAAAAAUCCACUCAUGGCCUUUUCAGUGCUCACCCACUCAGCAGUUAAUAGCAUGCAUAGGUCCCUACUGGACUUUUCUUUCCCUUCCUCCCUGCGAUUAUUUUCCUAGUUUUUUUUAACUUGGUACUUCUUCCAAACACUUCUUGAAUGCUACCAACACCCCUUGUGUAAUAAUGGUGCCAUUUUGGUUAUCUAAAGGACCCCAAUUUAGACAAUGAAUUUGUUAUUGGUGCAUUGACUAUUGGGAGGAUUUAAAUAAAUUAUAGUCUGUGAAUAUGAAGUAUUUUUAGUUAUACUGGAAAACUACUGUCAGGAAAUCUGAGGAAGACAAAUCAAGCUUUCUGAAGACAGGCACAGCUAAUAGUUGAUAAUUAAUCUAAACAACAUAGUCGACAGUUGCAUUUGUUCCACCAGACUAAUUUAUUUCUGAUUCUAGGCUCAUUAUUAUUAAGAAGAGUCUCCAAAAUAUUCAAAAGCUGAGCUCAACAACUUUCUUUCUACUCGCCUGUGAAGCCACCCAAACCAUAAGGUGGUGUAUUUGUAUAGGGGAGGAGAGUCAUAGAAGAAACCUUAGAAUGGGUUAUCCAUUAAAUUGCCAUGUACAGAUUUGUCUACGUAGGGGAAAAUGAGCUCAAUAAUACAUUGUCUAUAAAGUAACGUUGAGUUCCUUGCAAGUGUGAUGGUUCCAUUUUACAGCUAAUUUAAAAUAAAACAAAAAACGACUUGACAUUUGGUGAUUCCAUUUCUGAAGAAGCCUGAAUUAGAAUCAAAAUACUAUCAAUACAAUACAGAAAAAAGGACAAAUUCCGUAUAUUCUUGAGUAUAAGCUGACCCGAAUAUAAGCUGAGGCACCUAAUUUUACCACAAAAAAACUGGGAAAACAUUGACUCCAGUAUAAGCCGAGGGUGGUAAAUUUCAGAAAUAAAAAUAGAUACCAAUAAAAUUACAUUGAGGUAUCAGUAGGUUAAAUGUUUUUGAAUAUUUACAUAAAACUCGAAUUUAAGAUAAGACUGUCCAACUCUGAUCAAAUCAUUAUUCUCAUCUUCUUCAAAAUAAAUGUGCUGUGCUUAUGUAUCCUUUUAAUAAUAAUAGAGUAAAAUAAUACAUGUAAUAAUUAAAAUAAUAAAUACAAUAAUAGUAUAAGAUCAGAGUGAAAUAAUAAAUGUAUUAAUAAAAAAUAGAGUAAAAUAAAUGUAAUAGUAGCAACAAUAAUAGAGAAAAAUAAUAAAUGUACCAUAUAUUCUCGAGUAUAAGCUGACCCAAAUAUAAGCCAACCAGGACUCUCACCCGAGUAUAAGCCGAGGGGGGCUUUUUCAGUCUUAAAAAGAGGGCUGAAAAACUAGGAUUAUAUUUGAGUAUAUACAGUAUAUUCAGCUUAUUGAUUGUGUGUGUUCAUAGUUUCUUUAGCCCCUUCUUGAUCCCAAGGUGCAUUUGCACAUAACAAAAGAGCAGAGAAAGUAAGACUACACAUUCUGAAAUCCCACAAAGAUCUGCUUGUAUUCUUGCUAUCUCCUGAAUAUUUUUGUUUCUCGUGUGAAGCAAGACAUUGAAAAGCAGCAAGGAUUUUCAGACACAUCUAUGGCAGUGAAUAGCAGAUUAUGACUAUGGCAAAACACCACAAAAGGUGUAACAUCGAAGUGCUAUCCAGAAGGUAAACCUGAUCUAAGCUGUGGCUGCUUAUUACCAACUCUACAAAGAGCUGUAAAGCAGUGUCAUAAGCUCCCAGUUUUAUAAAUUUCCCAGUUGCCAGUAUGUAAUUUCAGAGUAUAUUGUGAUGGUAACGUAAAUAAAAAUGGUUGAAAACCUAACUUCAAGAAACCAUAAGGUUUAUGUUUCUAUGUCAAAAGGACCUAAUAGCACCUCACAAGACUUUGCAACUUAGUGUUAAGUAAUGAAAACUUUCACAGCCCUCCCCCAAACAAACCCAGCCAAUAUUUAAUACGAAAGUUAUGAAUUAUGUUGCAUAAAAUUUAAAAAUCUAGUCAGAAAUAACAUGUUUCAAUUUUUAAUCUAUAAAGUAGGUGGAAAUAGCAGCAGAACUUAAAUAUGGUCAUGAUAAAGACAGGAAAUAUUAGUGCAAAAAUUGCAGUAGGAACCAUUUUUUGAAUGAGAAUAGAAAGACGUUCCAAUUUUUACAAAAAAAAAUAUCCAUAAGUAUACAGCUUCCCCCCCCCCCC